AUGGCCGCCAUCAAGCGUCUGCUGAAGAAACUGGAGGUGCCGUGCGAAGGGGGGACGAUGCCGAAUCGCUGGAUCAACAAUGACAUCAAGCCGAUUGAGGCGGGCCGGCGGACAUGGGGGUUCUGGACGUUCCACAAUCUGUGGGUGCUGACCAACACGAACAUCUCGACCUACAUGACGGGGAGCUCGCUGAUCGCGCUGGGACUGAGAUGGUGGCAGGCCAUGAUUGUGAUUGUGGUGGGCGCCAUCCUGUCGACGGGGUUUGUGGUGCUGAACUCGAUGCCGGGCGCCUACUACCACCUGGGCUUCCCGAUCGCGAACCGGUACGUGUGGGGCAUGUACGGCAGCUCGUUCGUGGUGUACAACCGCAUCCUGCUGUCGCUGGUGUGGUACGCGGUGCAGGCGUGGAUCGGCGGGCAGUGCGUCUACGUGUGUCUGGAAUCCAUCUGGCCCGACCUCGAGGCGCGCAUCCCCAACCACCUGCACGCGACCGGGCUGACGUCGGCGACGUUCCUGACCUACGUGCUCUUCUGCCUGAUGUCGCUGCCGCUGAUAUGGGUGCGGCCGCACAAGCUGAAACGAUUCCUGGUGGCCGGCGUGGCGUCCAUCUUCGUCUUCGAGCUGGUGCUCCUGAUCUGGGCGCUGGCCACGAUGGACGGGUUCGGGGACACCAUAUCCUCCUCUUCUUCGUCUUCCUCCUCGUCUUCCUCCUCGUCUUCCUCCUCGUCUUCCUCGUCUUCCUCCUCUGGGCACGCCCGCUCCGUCGGCUGGAGCAUGGUGUUCGGCAUCAUCAGCGUCAUCGGCAGCAUCGCCGCCGGCAUCCUCAACCAGAGCGACUAUACGCGAUUUGCGCGGCGGCCGCGCCACGCCAUCUACGGCCAGCUCGCCAGCGUGGCCACCUACUCGAUCCUCAGCUCCGUCGUCGGCAUCCUCGUCACCGCGGCCACGCAGCGGCGCUACGGCCGGCCGAUCUGGAGUCUGCCGGAACUGCUGAUGGCCAUCAUGCACGCCGGCCACGGCCAUGGACGCUCUCGCGCCGCCGGCUUCUUCGCCGGCGCCGCCCUGGUCGUCUCCCAGUGGGGGAUCAAUAUCCCCGGCAACGCCUUGUCCGGCGGCUUCGACUUGGCCACCACCUUUCCCGCCUACAUCAACAUCCGCCGCGGCGCCUACAUGACCGCCCUGCUGUCCAUGGUCGUCAACCCGUGGCAGUUGCUGGCCACGGCUUCCAUCUUCCUCGCCGUCUUGUCGAGUUACUCCGUCUUCCUCGGCCCCAUGAUCGGCCUGAUGAUUGCUUCCUACUACCUGGUCCAUCGAUGCAAGAUCAACGUCGACCAUCUGUAUCGCGGUGACCGCUCCAGUAUCUAUUGGUUCACUGGCGGUGUUAAUUGGCGAGCGCCAGUCGCGUGGUCAUGUGGCGUGUUUCCCUCCAUGCCGGGCUUCGUCGCCGCCGUCUCGCCGUCCAUCACCGUCUCUGUCAGCUGGACGCGCCUCUACGACCUCAGUUUCCUGGUCGGGCUUUCCAUCGCCGCCGUCGUCUUGGUCGUCUUGCAUCAUUUCUUCCCUGCCCCGAGCGUCCGGGAUUUCGUCCUCAACUCCGGCCCGGCCGCGCAGGUCAUGAUGGGCGCUCAGGCCGAAUGGGAUGGGCGUGUCGUGGAGACAGUGACAGGGAUAGGGUCGGAUCGGGUCUUGCCGAAUAGAGACAAGGAUGUCGAGGAUCUGGCGCAGUGUCCUAAAGAUAUUUAA